UGGUUGUUAUUUGUUUACUUCAAAACGGACGGCGGAAACGCAAAUUGGAGUAAAAACCCGAUUUUUGUUGUAUUAUAUAAAAUAAUACACACAUUGUGUUGAACACAAUGGAUGCAGAAAUUGAAUUUUUGCGAGAUCAAGUCCACAGGUUAAAUUCUGCUCUUAGCCGCUAUCAGCUGGGGGUCACAUCGUCUCAGCUGGAUGAGGCACAGCAGACAGAGUCUCCUCCACCCUGGCUGUCAGACAGAGGGAUAAUGGCUCCUCUCAUAGCAGAGUAUGACCAUCACAUGGACGAAAUGACUGAAAAGCUUCAGAAAUAUCAGGAGACGAUGACAGAUGUCAGACUGAAGCUGGAAAAGGUUGUGGAGGAAAAUGAAAGGUUGCACACAGAGCUGAGGGAGUCUAUUGAGAAGCAGCUCCACUCCCUGCCUGUGGGCUCAGAAGCAGUGGGCAGCGCAGCAGAAGACACAACCAUCCUUAAAAACCUGCAGGAGCAAGUUCAACUGUCUGAACAGGAGCGGAAACAGGCCAUGGAGCUGUGGCACACGACGGCCCAGGAGCUGGACCGCCUACAGCAGGUCUACCAGAGGGCCCUCUCUGACGGGCAGCUCCACAACGCUCAGAGACAGCAGCUCAAGGAUCGCCUUGUUCAGUUCCAGCAGCACUCUGACAAACUCCAAGCGGCCAAUCAGAAGCUGGAAUCUACGAACCAGCAGCUCCUGAAGACGGUGACAGAGCAGAGCACAGAAAUGGAGGAGCUGCACUGCCAGCUCAGGCAGGCUAAAGCUGAACUCAGGACGGCCACGGCCAGCGUGGACGAGAUGACCAAAUUUUUAGAGAAUCUCCAGGAACAGAUGAAAAGAAAAGAGGAGGACAUGGCUGAGGCUCAGGCCAGAGAGGAAGUAGCAGACAGACGACUCCAGCAGCUUCAGACAUCACUGAGCCAACUGGAAACCCGGCUAAAGGCUGCAUCUCUGGAGACGGAGGCAGUUCGUCGAGAGCAAGCUGUGUGGGAGACAAAGGUGGGGGAACUCCAGGCGCGUUGCACCACCCUGGAAGAGGAAAAGUUCGAGGCUCUGUCCAAAGUCAGAGAGAAUGUUCAAGUAGCUGAAGAGGCUGUAUUGCAGAAGGAGCAGUCCCUAUUAAGAGAGAAACAGAAGACAGAGGAGCUUGAAAAGACAACGCAUGCCAUCAAGCUCUUGAUCCAGGAGGCUGCAGUCCGAACAAGGAAAGAGGUGGAAAACGUGCGCAAGCAGUGCAACAUCCAAAUCCAUCGGAUGGCAGAAGAACUGUCUGCACUGCAGCUGGAGUGUGCAGAUAAAGAGGCUCAGAUCGAAAGAUCCCAGCGCGAGAGGAAAGCUGUAGAAGAAGAACUGGAGAAGGUGUAUAAGGAAGGCAGGGCGGAGCCGGAGUUCAAGAAGAUCGAGGCCCUUCAUCAGAGGUGUCUAAAUGCAGAGAGGAUGAAGGACGACGCUAACCUCACUCUCCAAAGCACUCAGAAGAAGCUGAAAAAGAUGGAGAUGGAUUACAGCGAGGAAGUGUCACGGUGUCAGGAGGAGGUGCGGCGGCUGCAGGACUUGCUGGCUGCGGCUCGGAGCGACUGCGUCGGUGUCAGCGACGAGCGGCUUCAGCUGCAGCAGGAGAACACGCGGCUGCGCAAGGAGAUGGAUGACCUGCGCAAGGCCAGCAUGCAGAUCCAAAGAAAUGCCAAGCAUAAAGUCUCCGAGAUGGAGCAAGCAUGCAGCCUCAAAGAGCAGGGACUUGACGCGCGGGUGAAGGAACUGGAGGAAAGGAGCCGAAGCUCCAGUGCCGAUCUGACACGCCUCCUUGCAGCACAGCAGAAAAGCACUCAACGGUGGAAGGAAGAGGCCAAGAACCUAGCGCAGGCCUUUGAAAGUAAAAUCACAGCUCUCAAGGCAGAACUGAAACGGCAGAGACAACGCUCGCUUGAGUUGGAGAUCCAGCUCCAAACAGACCAUAACACAAUAUCUGAGUAUGAGAAACAGCUUGCAGAAUAUCAAGAGAAGACAAGUCGUCUCCAGAGAAGACUGACACAAGCUGAACAGAAGGCAACUACAGCUUCGCAUCAGCUGAAUAUGUUCGCAUCACAGCGAAGGAAACCUGCCACAGUGGAUCCAGGGACUCAAUGACAGUUGGCCAUAACUUUGGAAAAAUAUUAAUAUAGCCUUACGUUUUGAUAACUCUUUCUUAGAUUCACAUAGUUUGGGUAGUUGCUGCGUUUCCUGAGGCAUUUAAUAGCAUAUUUUCUAAGAAGGAAUUGUAUAUGUUUCAGUAAAUGAAUAAAAAAUGAGAAAACCAG